AUGGCGGAGCGGAGGAUCUCCUAUGCUCCCGACGUGGAGAAUGGUGACCAUUCUCGUCCUGAUGUGAACGAGGGCGGUGCUCUUGAUGAGUACACCGCGCUCAACCGCUACAUCUCCACUGCCCAGACCAAGCGUCGCGGCUCGACCUCUUCUGCUGGUGCUAUGAGCGCUAAGAAGGAGGGCAAGAAGCCGUGGUAUGCUUUCUGGCGCAAGGCUGGUGAUGGCGUCGAAUCCGGCUUCGUCUGCCCCGACGAGUGGCUCGAGACCGACAUGCGCCAGGGUCUGCGCUCCUCCGACAUUGAGCCUCGUCGCAAGCGUACCGGUUACAACGAACUGACCACUGAGAAGACCAACUUCUUCAUUCAGUUCAUUGGUUACUUCCGUGGUCCCAUUCUUUAUGUUAUGGAACUCGCUGUCCUUCUCGCUGCUGGUCUUCGUGACUGGAUCGAUUUCGGUGUCAUCAUUGGUAUUCUGAUGCUUAACGCUGUCGUUGGUUGGUACCAGGAGAAGCAGGCCGCCGAUGUCGUCGCUUCGCUCAAGGGUGAUAUUGCUAUGAAGGCUAUUGUGGUUCGUGAUGGUCAGGAGCAGGAGAUCCUCGCUCGUGAGCUCGUGACUGGUGAUAUCGUCGUGAUCGAGGAAGGUACCGUCGUCCCCGCCGAUGUCCGCCUCAUCUGUGACUACGACAAGCCCGAGAACUUCGAGACCUACAAGGAGUACCUCGCCACCGCUGGUGAUGACACUCUGAAGGAGAAGGAGGACGAGGAGGACGAUGGUGGUAUCGAGGCCCGUGCUGGUGUGUCCCUGGUCGCUGUUGACCAGUCCGCCAUCACUGGUGAGUCUCUUGCCGUCGACAAGUACAUGGCCGACACUUGCUACUACACCACCGGUUGCAAGCGUGGUAAGGCCUACGCCAUCGUCACCGCUACCGCUCGCCAGUCCUUCGUCGGUAAGACCGCUGCUCUCGUCCAGGGUGCCAACGACUCGGGUCACUUCAAGGCUGUCAUGGACAACAUUGGUACCAGUCUCCUGGUUCUGGUUAUGUUCUGGAUUGUCGCCGCCUGGAUCGGUGGUUUCUACCGUCACCUGAAGAUCGCUACCCCUGAGGACUCCGAGAACGUCCUGCUCCGCUACACCCUGAUUCUCCUGAUCAUUGGUGUCCCCGUCGGUCUUCCCGUCGUCACCACCACCACCCUCGCCGUCGGUGCCGCCUACCUCGCCGAGCAGAAGGCUAUCGUCCAGAAGCUCACCGCCAUUGAGUCUCUUGCUGGUGUCGACAUUCUGUGCUCCGACAAGACUGGUACCCUCACCGCUAACCAGCUCUCCAUCCGUGAGCCCUACGUCAACGAGGGUGUCGAUGUCAACUGGAUGAUGGCUGUUGCCGCCAUUGCUUCGAACCACAACGUGAAGAACCUCGACCCCAUCGAUAAGGUCACGAUCCUUACCCUCCGCCGCUACCCCAAGGCCCGUGAAAUCCUCUCUCGUAACUGGGUUACCGAGAAGUACACUCCUUUCGACCCCGUCUCCAAGCGUAUUACUACCGUCUGUACCUGCGACGGCGUCCGCUACGUCUGCGCCAAGGGUGCUCCCAAGGCUAUCCUGAACAUGUCCCAGUGCUCCGAGGAGGAGGCUCAGAAGUUCCGUGACAAGGCUACUGAGUUCGCUCGCCGUGGUUUCCGUUCCCUUGGUGUUGCCGUCCAGAAGGAGGGUGAGCCCUGGCAGCUUCUGGGCAUGUACCCCAUGUUCGACCCCCCUCGUGAGGACACUGCCCACACCAUCGCCGAGGCUCAGCACCUGGGUCUCCAGGUCAAGAUGCUUACUGGUGACGCCAUUGCCAUUGCCAAGGAAACUUGCAAGAUGCUUGCCCUGAGCACCAAGGUCUACGACUCCGAGCGUCUCAUCCACGGUGGUCUUGCUGGCUCCGCCCAGUACGACCUGGUCGAGAAGGCCGAUGGUUUCGCCGAGGUGUUCCCCGAGCACAAGUACCAGGUCGUCGAGAUGCUGCAGCAGCGUGGUCACUUGACUGCCAUGACUGGUGACGGUGUCAACGACGCUCCCUCUCUUAAGAAGGCUGACUGCGGUAUCGCUGUCGAGGGUUCCACCGAGGCUGCCCAGGCUGCUGCCGAUAUCGUCUUCCUUGCCCCUGGUCUCUCCACCAUUGUCGAUGCCAUCAAGCUCGCCCGUCAGAUCUUCCAGCGUAUGAAGGCCUACAUUCAGUACCGUAUCGCCCUGUGUCUGCACCUGGAGAUCUACCUGGUCACCUCCAUGAUCAUCAUCAACGAGACCAUCCGUGCCGACCUGAUCGUCUUCAUCGCCCUGUUCGCUGAUCUGGCCACCAUCGCCGUUGCCUACGAUAACGCCCACUUCGAGGCCCGCCCCGUCGAGUGGCAGCUGCCCAAGAUCUGGGUCAUCUCCGUUGUCCUUGGUAUCCUCCUUGCCGCCGCCACCUGGAUCAUCCGUGCCACCCUGUUCCUCAACAACGGUGGUAUCAUCCAGAACUUCGGUUCUCCUCAGGAGAUUCUCUUCCUCGAGGUGUCCCUGACCGAGAACUGGCUCAUCUUCGUCACCCGCGGUGGUAAGACCUGGCCCUCGUGGCAGCUGGUUGGCGCCAUCUUCGUUGUCGAUGUGAUCGCCACCCUCUUCUGUGUGUUCGGCUGGCUUUCGGGCGACUACGUGCAGACCAGCCCUCCCUCUCAUGCCGAGUUCUCCGUCAACGGCGAUGUCGACAUUGUCACCGUCGUUGUCAUCUGGGCUUACUCCAUUGGUGUCACCAUCAUCAUUGCCGUGGUGUACUACCUCCUCACCAUCAUCCCCGCUCUGGACAACCUUGGCCGCAAGAACCGCUCCAAGGCUGACACCAAGCUGGAGAACAUGCUCACCCAGCUCUCCAAGCUUGCCAUUGAGCACGAGGUUGAUGAGCACGGCAAGAGCCGCUACACCCUGGGUGCCAAGGCCGAAGUGGAAGAGGAUGAGUAA